CGUCAUCCUACGUCACUUCCGCCGCGGCCUCACUUUCACGCUCCAGCGGCAGGCUGUCAUUCAUGUGCCGGGAGAGUCGAAGGGCGUCCGGGGGCUGCCGGCAGAUUGGGGAGUCGCUCCGCAGCGUUUCUUGAGGGUCUCUCCGUCCGUUCUUGUCCACCGUCCGACGUUCUGACCUUGAGGACGCCCGGCCUUUUUUUUGGACUGACCGCCUCCGUGCGUGUGCCAGCUUAAGGACUUCUUAUGCAUCGAUUAAGGACUUGUGCGGCGCGCUUGCGCCCGCUCACCGCCUCGCAGGCAGCUCAGACUGUUGGCCAGCAGCGGCCAAUCACAGCCUGUGGCGGCACAAGGACGUUUCAGCCAGUCAGGUGUUACACGGCACCUGUGGCCUCGGAACCUUUCCUGAACGGCACCAGUUCCAACUAUGUGGAGGAGAUGUACUAUGCCUGGCUGGAGAACCCCAAGAGUGUUCACAAGUCGUGGGAUGUGUUUUUCCGCAACGCUAAUGCCGGUGCCGCUCCCGGCGCCGCCUACCAGUCUCCUCUGGGCCUGGCUGCCUCGCCACAACUCUCGUCUCUGGUUGGCGCUCAGCCCAACGUGGAGAAGCUGGUGGAAGACCACCUGGCCGUGCAGUCCCUCAUCAGGGCCUAUCAGAUCCGCGGGCACCAUGUGGCCCAGUUGGACCCCCUCGGCAUCAUGGACGCAGAUCUGGACUCGUGUGUCCCCACUGACAUUAUCACGUCCUCCGACAAGCUGGGCUUCUACGGUCUGGAUGAGUCAGACCUGGAGAAGGUGUUUCGCCUGCCCACCACCACCUUCAUCGGAGGCUCUGAGAGCGCGCUGCCAUUGAAGGAGAUCAUACGCCGUCUGGAGAUGGCGUACUGUCAGCACAUCGGCGUGGAGUUCAUGUUCAUCAACGACCUGGAGCAGUGUCAGUGGAUCCGGCAGAAGUUUGAGAGUCCAGGCGGGAUGCAGUUCACCGUGGAAGAGAAGCGGACUCUGCUGGCCCGCAUGAUCCGCUCCACCAGGUUCGAGGAGUUCCUGCAGAAGAAAUGGUCGGCUGAGAAGCGUUUUGGCCUGGAGGGAUGCGAGUCUCUCAUCCCGUCUCUGAAAACCAUCAUUGACGUCUCCUCUGCCAGUGGGGUGGAGUGUGUCAUCAUGGGCAUGCCUCACAGGGGUCGCCUCAACGUUCUGGCCAAUGUGAUCCGUAAGGAGCUGGAACAGAUUUUCUGUCAGUUUGACUCCAAACUGGAAGCGGCGGACGAGGGCUCCGGGGAUGUCAAGUACCACCUGGGAAUGUACCACCGGAGAAUCAACCGCGUGACCGACCGCAACAUCACCUUGUCUCUGGUGGCCAACCCGUCUCACCUGGAGGCCGCCGACCCGGUGGUGCAGGGAAAGACCAAGGCUGAGCAGUUCUAUUGCGGGGACAACGACGGCAAGCGGGUGAUGUCCAUCCUGCUGCACGGCGAUGCGGCUUUUGCAGGUCAGGGCAUCGUGUAUGAGACCUUCCAUCUCUCUGACCUACCUUCCUACACCACGCACGGCACCGUGCACGUCGUGGUCAACAACCAGAUCGGGUUCACCACUGACCCGCGUAUGGCUCGCUCGUCUCCGUAUCCCACCGAUGUGGCCCGGGUGGUCAACGCUCCCAUCUUCCAUGUCAACGCCGACGACCCGGAGGCCGUCAUGUACGUGUGCAAGGUGGCGGCCGAGUGGCGGGCCACGUUCCACAAGGACGUGGUGGUGGACCUGGUGUGCUACCGGCGAAUGGGCCACAACGAGAUGGACGAGCCCAUGUUCACUCAGCCGCUCAUGUACAAGCAGAUCAAGAAGCAGAAGCCCGUUCUGCAGAAGUACGCCGAGAAACUGAUCGCCGACGGAACCGUGAGCCGCCAGGAGUACGAGGAGGAAAUUUCCAAGUACGACAGGAUCUGCGAGGAGGCGUACGCUCGCUCCAAAGAUGAGAAGAUCCUGCACAUCAAACACUGGCUGGACUCUCCCUGGCCUGGUUUCUUCACUCUGGAUGGACAGCCCAAAUCCAUGAGCUGUCCCUCCACUGGUCUGUCUGAGGAGGACUUGAACCAAAUAGGAAGCGUGGCCUCAUCCGUCCCUGUGGAGGACUUCACCAUCCACGGAGGACUGAGUCGUGUCCUGAAAAGUCGCGGGGAGAUGGUGCGGAACCGGACCGUGGACUGGGCUCUGGGAGAGUACAUGGCCUUCGGGUCUCUGCUGAAGGAGGGAAUCCACGUCCGCCUGUCGGGACAGGACGUGGAGCGAGGGACGUUCAGCCACCGCCAUCAUGUCCUCCACGACCAGAACGUGGACAAGAGGAUCUGUAUUCCCAUGAACCACAUGGCUCCCGACCAGGCGCCAUACACCGUCUGCAACAGCUCCCUGUCUGAGUACGGCGUCCUGGGCUUCGAGCUGGGCUUCGCCAUGGCGAGUCCCAAUGCACUCAUCCUGUGGGAGGCGCAGUUUGGAGACUUCCACAACACGGCCCAGUGCAUCAUAGACCAGUUCAUCUGUCCCGGCCAGGCCAAGUGGGUCCGGCAGAACGGCAUCGUGCUGCUGCUGCCGCACGGCAUGGAGGGCAUGGGCCCUGAGCAUUCUUCUGCUCGUCCAGAGAGGUUCCUCCAGAUGUGCAACGACGACCCAGAUGUGAUGCCGAACAUCUGCGAGGACUUCGCCGUGCAGCAGCUGUACGACUGCAACUGGAUCGUGGUCAACUGCUCCUCGCCAGGAAACUACUUCCACGUUAUCCGCCGUCAGAUCCUCCUCCCCUUCAGGAAGCCGCUCAUCGUCUUCACUCCCAAGUCUCUGCUGCGCCACCCAGAGGCCAGAUCCAGCUUUGAUGAGAUGCUUCCAGGAACCCACUUCCAGAGGCUGAUCGUGGAAGACGGUGUGGCCUCAGAGCGUCCGGAAGAGGUGAAGAGGGUGAUCUUCUGCACGGGGAAGGUUUACUAUGAGCUGACCAAAGAGAGGAAGAGCCGCGGAAUGGAGGGCACGGUCGCCAUCGCACGCAUGGAGCAGUUGUCGCCGUUCCCGUUCGACCAGGUGAAGGCGGAGUUUGAGCGCUUUUCCAACGCCGACCUGGUGUGGUGUCAGGAGGAGCACAAGAACCAGGGCUACUACGACUAUGUCAAGCCUCGCAUCAGGACCACCAUCCAGAGAGCCAAACCCGUCUGGUACGCCGGACGAGGGCCGGCGGCGGCUCCCGCCACGGGAAACAAGAACACUCACCUGAUGGAGCUUCGGCGCUUCCUGGACACGGCCUUUGACCUGGACGCUUUCAAGGAUCAGCAGUAGAGAUGUGACCUCUGACCCCGCUGCUGCACACAAAUAUACCCCAGCUUCCGCCCGCCAUCCAAAUUGGGAAUGUUUUGCUAAUUGGACAACAUUUUAAAUGGGAAGGCUGCUGGCGUUGUCAUGACGACAAGCUUGCUAUGGACGAACCCAGCUGACCCUUGACAUUCCCUCCCUGCCCCCCAAUCCUCCUCUACGCACGCAGGGUCAAAAAGGUCCUCCAUUGUUUUUAUCCGGCGUGCUCGUUAGCAUCAGCCAGGUGAAGGAGUUUCAUUAAUUGCCAUGGCAACACUGUUUGUUUGCAUUGAAGAGGUGGCGGUCCAGCCUUCGUCCCGUGCCAAAAGGAGCGUGGAAGGAAAGUGACGACAACAGAAGACGAGGCUGCACACGGAGUUUGAUAAAAAAAAAAUCAUUUAUUUAUUUUCCUAGCGGGGACGGAAGUUGUCUUCGUUGUUUUGCUUCAUUCAAUAAAGUUUUCUUUUAUGUACUGAGAA